AUGAAUUACUCUACAGGGAACUUCACACCUGACACAUCUACAAACUCCACAACUCAGUCUCUUGGGCUAAUAGACUGUCUGGAAAUCUGUGUAUCCAGCAUCAAUUUCAUGUUUGGUCUUCCAACACACUCCUAUGUGAUCUGGCUCAUCAUCACAGGAACAGGAAGUGGAGCUACAUCAGAGUUCUUCAUCCUCAAUCUGUCUGUCUGUGAGAUUGGUAACUGUCUGAACUGUUUGUUUUAUAGUGUAAAUUAUUUUAUUUCAAGUAUCACAUUGUUGCCACAAUUUUUACUAGGACUGGUCUUCACUGGUCGUCCUCUGUUUCAGUGUCUGAUGUGUGUUGAGCGUUACCUGGCAGUGGUUCAUCCUGUAAUUUUUCUAAAGUUUAAACCUCUCAGAUAUAGAGUGAUCUGCUGCACUGUGGUCUGGAUAAUCACUCUUGGAUCCUGUAUUUAUAGUGUGUUUUGUUUGAUCUCAAAUAUCCAUUAUGUAUUUACAUGGUUCUUCUCGCUGCAGUUCCUUCUCCUCUUCUCCAUCCAGUUGUUUUGUCUUGUAGCUGUUCUUAGAGCUCUGAAGCAGUCAGGACCAGGAGAGAGAAGGAAAGAAAGAAAUGAGGAAAACGACAUAAAGAGAAGAGCGUUUUAUCUCAUUCUUAUAACUUCUGUAAGCACGUUUAUCACACAUGUCUCAUAUAUUUUCACUGGAUUCUUUAGCAUUCUAAAGCAGAAUAUUCAAACACUUUGGUUCAUUUCUAUGGUUUGUUAUGCGCUGGAUGGUUUUGUUCAGCCUGUUCUUUAUCUGCACCGUGGUGGAAAACUCUCUUGUCUCUGUUCUCUGUAA